AAAAAACCAAAAAAAAAAAAAAAGGAACCCAAAAAGUUAAAAACCCCCCGAGUGAUUCACAAAGCAAAAAAUUUUGAAAAACGUGUGGACGGUGAGAUCCAUAACACCCACCUUUCUCCUUCCCUCUCUUUCUUCAUUCUUCUUUUUCUCCACUCUCUCUCUCUCUAUCUAUAUAUAUAUAAGGAAGGAUACCUAACUGAUCAUAUACUGCAAAUAAAAAUCCAUUACCAUUUCUCUCUUUUUUCUUCUGCAUAGAAAAAAGAACAGUAUUAACUUCAACAAAUAAUCAGAGACAGAGAAAGAGAGAAUAAAGAACAAUAUGGCACUUGCUAAAGAAUUCAUGGGUGGUUCUAUAAUUGAAAGAAGUUCACUUGUUUCAUCUUCUUCUUCAAAAGUGUUUGUCAAUCGUAAUUUUAGGCAGAAACAGAACCAGUUUCUGUUCAGCCCUGGUUUGGUUUCUUUGGAAAACAGGAAGGUGGUGCAUUUGAGGAAGUCUGUGAGGGGACCUGUUGCAGCAAUCAGUGAGGAUUUGGUGAAAAAGGCAAUUCCUGCUGCUCCUGCUGAGAAGCCUGUGAAGUUCAAGGUUAGAGCUGUUGUGACUGUGAGGAAUAAGAACAAGGAGGCCCUGAAGGACACACUGGUUAAGCAUUUGGAUGCUUUAACUGAUAAAAUUGGGAGGAAUGUUGUUUUGGAACUUAUCAGCACUGAAUUAGACCAAAAAACAAAGGCUCCAAAGAAGAGCAAUGAAGCUGCGCUCCAGGAUUGGUCAAAGAAAUCUAAUGUGAAAACCGAGCGGGUAAAUUAUACGGCUGAGUUCGUUGUGGACUCCAAUUUUGGUGUUCCUGGAGCAAUCACGGUGACAAACAAGCAUCAGAAGGAGUUUUUCUUGGAGGCCAUAACCAUUGAAGGAUUUGCCUGUGGUCCAGUUCAUUUCCCCUGCAAUUCUUGGGUACAAUCUAAGAAAGAUCAUCCUGGAAAAAGGAUCUUUUUUUCUAAUGAGCCAUAUUUACCAAGUGAAACUCCAGCUGGGCUUAAAGCUUUAAGAGAGAAAGAACUAAAGAACCUUAGGGGAGAUGGCAGAGGGGUCAGAAAAUUAUCAGACAGGGUUUAUGAUUAUGAUUUAUACAACGAUUUGGGAAAUCCUGACAAGGGAAUUGAGCUUGCUAGGCCAACACUCGGAGGCCAAAAAAUCCCAUAUCCUCGGAGAUGUCGAACCGGGCGUGUCCCAACUGAUACUGAUAUGUAUGCGGAGAGCAGAGUUGAGAAGCCAUUGCCAAUGUAUGUUCCAAGAGAUGAACAAUUUGAGGAGUCAAAGCAGGACACUUUCUCUUUUGGGAGGCUUAAGGCAGUGCUGCACAGCUUAAUUCCUUCCUUGAAAGCCAGCUUUUCUGCUGAAAACCGUGACUUCAGUGGAUUUUCAGAUAUCGACAACCUCUACAGCGAAGGUGUUCUUCUUAAAUUAGGAUUGCAAGAUGAACUCAUCAAGAAGCUUCCUUUACCGACGUUGGUCAGCAGAUUCCAAGAAAGCCAAGGAAUUCUCAGAUAUGACACACCUAAGAUACUUUCCAAGGACAAGUUUGCCUGGCUAAGAGAUGACGAAUUUGGCCGUCAGGCACUCGCUGGGAUUAAUCCAGUUAACAUUGAGAAGUUGCAAGUUUUCCCACCAGUGAGUAAGCUUGAUCCUGAAAUCUAUGGUCCACAAGAGUCUGCCCUCAAGGAAGAACAUAUUCUGGGCCAACUUAAUGGAAUGUCUGUACAACAGGCAUUGGAGGAAAAUAAACUUUUCAUAUUGGAUUUCCAUGAUGUGUACCAUCCAUUUAUUGAUAAGAUUAAUGCUCUUGAUGGUAGAAAAGCCUAUGCGACUCGCACAAUCUUCUUCCUAUCACCUCUCGGUACUCUGAAACCCAUAACCAUCGAACUUAGCCUGCCAACAAAUGUUCCAAGUUCCCGGUCAAAGCGUGUUGUGACACCUCCUGCUGAUGCAACAUCCAAUUGGACGUGGCAGCUUGCCAAGGCACAUGUCUGCUCCAACGAUGCUGGUGUCCAUCAGCUUGUUAACCAUUGGUUACGUACACAUGCAUGCAUGGAACCGUUUAUUCUGGCUGCACAUAGGCAGAUGAGUGCCUUGCACCCAAUUUUUAAGCUUCUGGAUCCUCACAUGAGAUAUACACUAGAGAUCAAUGCAUUGGCCCGACAGAGCUUAAUCAGUGCUGAUGGUGUCAUCGAAUCCUGCUUCACUCCUGGUCGUUACUGUAUGGAGAUUAGUGCUGCUGCAUACAAAAAUUUCUGGCGUUUCGACAUGGAAGGCCUUCCUGCUGAUCUUAUCAGAAGGGGAAUAGCAGUUCCUGAUCCAUCACAGCCACAUGGCCUUAAGCUUCUAAUUGAAGACUAUCCAUAUGCCAAUGAUGGGCUCCUAAUCUGGUAUGCACUUGAGAACUGGGUUCGAACCUAUGUGAACCGUUACUACCCAAAUUCAGCAGCAGUUUGCAAUGACAAUGAGUUACAGAAUUGGUACUCUGAGUCCAUCAAUGUGGGCCAUGCUGAUCUUCGAUACGAAAGCUGGUGGCCCUCAUUGGCAAGUGUUGAUGAUCUUGUCUCAAUUCUCACCACCAUCAUUUGGCUUUCAUCAGCUCAACAUGCAGCUCUUAAUUUUGGGCAGUACCCUUAUGGAGGUUAUGUGCCAAACCGCCCACCCCUGAUGAGAAGACUUAUACCAGAAGAAAGUGACCCUGAGUAUGCUAAUUUCCUAGCAGACCCUCAAAGAUACUUCCUCUCAGCAUUGCCCAGUGUCCUACAAGCCACAAAAUUUAUGGCCGUGGUGGACACAUUGUCUACACAUUCACCGGAUGAGGAGUACCUAGGGGAACGACAACAGCCUUCAAUUUGGUCCGGCGAUGCAGAGGUCGUUGAAGCAUUUUAUGGCUUCUCAGCGGAGGUUAGACAGAUAGAGAAGGAGAUAGAGAGAAGAAAUUGUGAUCCAAACAAUAGAAAUAGGUGUGGGGCUGGUGUGCUUCCUUAUGAGCUUCUUGCUCCAAGUUCUGAACCAGGGGUAACAUGUAGAGGGGUUCCAAAUAGUGUUUCAAUUUGAGAGCCAUGUGGUUAUAUGAAUUUCAUAGCUCAAAAUAUAUAUAGUUGGGUCCUUAUGUAUUUAGAAUUUUGAGGUUGGUAAAUAUCCUCUGAACUUUGUGUCUAGAAGUCAGUUGCUUUUUUUAUUUAUUAACCUAGGAUUGUAUAUGAUAUAGACCAUAGAUCAUAUGAAAUUAAUCUCUGAUUAAGUAUGCAAGUGCUAACAAAAAUUAUUUAAUAUUUUGUUGGCAUCGUUUUAUUUUUUUAUUAAAAAAGGAAUUAUAUUAUUUUAUUAUUCUUCCA